AAUCCCAAUAUCCCAAUUUAUUUUUGCUUCUCUCCCUUUCAAGUUUCAACAUCAAAAUAAAAACAGUAAAAAAGGAAAGGAAAAAUCACAAUUGAAUAUUGAUAAGGUUGGGAGAGUGAGAUAGAGAUUGUUGUCUACUUGACAUUAUAAUGUCUUUAUUACAUUGUUCAAGCUUGGGUACAAAACUCCCACGUACGAGGAAGGUGUACGCUGAUGCCUUCACACUUACCCAUGUAGUAAGACAACGAGGUUUUUGCUCCAUCUAUAAAGUGCCCUUCAAACUCUCAACGCAGCGCAUUGGUUUUGUAUCAAAAUUGGACCAAAUUUGCUCUUCUCCUGUGAUGGAAGAUGAACACAAAAACUUGGGUCUUCUCUCUGAGGCAGAGGUGAAUUCCAAGGAAUUGGAGGUUGCUGUGAGAGCAGUGCAAAUGGCAUGUUCCCUCUGCCAGAGAGUGCAGGACACUUUGAUUUCCAAGACUGCCACUAAUCAUCUUCAGGUGCACUCCAAAGAUGACAAAUCUCCUGUUACAGUUGCAGAUUGGAGUGUUCAAGCAAUUGUCAGCUGGAUGUUGUCAGAAUGUUUAGGGUGUGAAAAUAUCUCAAUUGUAGCUGAAGAAGAUGUUCAAACUCUCUCCAAGGCUGAUGCAUCAGAACUGUUAGAAGCUGUGGUUAAGACUGUGAAUGAAUGUCUAGCUGAAGCGCCUCGAUUUGGAGUUCAGAAGCCAAAAUCAACUCUUGGAACUUCAGAAGUUCUUGAAAUCAUUAGUCGCUGUAACUCAACUGGAGGUUCCACUGGAAGAUUUUGGGUACUGGAUCCUGUUGAUGGCACGUUAGGCUUUGUACGUGGAGAUCAAUAUGCUAUAGCUCUAGCACUCAUAGAAGAUGGAGAAGUGAAACUUGGUGUUCUUGGAUGUCCUAACUACCCAAUGAGGAAGGAAUGGUUAAGUUAUCAUCACCGAUAUCAUAGGAUUGUAUCCAAGUUGACUCCUCCAACUUCUGAAACUUGGAACAAAGGUUGUGUGCUAUAUGCUAAAAGGGGUAGUGGGAAGGCUUGGAUGCAACCUCUGCUCCAUGUCAAUAAGAUGUUUGUGUGGCCAAACCAUGCUAGAAGAGUUUCUGUUUCUUCCAUUGACAAUCCUGCACUGGCCACUUUUUGUGAACCGGUUGAGAAGGCCAAUUCAAGCCAUUCUUUUACUGCAGGGCUGGCUGACAGUGUUGGUCUCAGGAAACAGCCCUUAAGAGUAUACAGCAUGGUGAAAUAUGCAGCAAUAGCUCGGGGGGAUGCUGAGGUGUUCAUGAAAUUUGCAAGGGCUGGUUACAAGGAGAAAAUAUGGGAUCAUGCUGCAGGUGUUAUUAUCAUACAUGAAGCUGGUGGGAUGGUAACAGAUGCUGGAGGACAUCCCCUAGAUUUUUCAAAAGGCUUAUAUUUAGAAGGCCUUGAUCGUGGUAUAGUUGCUUGUUCUGGAGCCACACUACAUAGAAAGAUAAUCAAUGCUGUUGAUGCCAGUUGGGGUUCUUCUAGCCUUUGAGGCUGUUUCGAUUAACAGAAAUGUAUACACAACAAAUAAUGUUAAUAUAAUUCAUCUUUUGUUAUCUCCUUUACAUAAUAUCUUAAGAUCCCCCUGCUUCACCUUCAGUUAUUUUUUAUGUUUUGCUAACAGCAUAUGAGCUUGUUAGCCUGAAAUUACUAUUGUUUGGCAUUAAUAACACGAAGUUU